AUGGGAGACAAGAGGAGUCCUACAAGGCCGAAGCGUCAACCGAAAUCCUCCGACGAGGGGUUGUGGGACUGCAGCGUGUGCACGUACAAGAACACGGCGGAGGCUUUUAAGUGCAUGAUGUGUGAUGUCAGGAAAGGGACAUCAACAAGGAAGCCCAGGCCCGUGUCCCAGCUCGUCACUCAGCAGCAGGUCACACAGCAGUUCGUUUUACCGUCGCAGCCAAAGAAGGAGAAGAAGGAACGCGUGGAGCGAGAAAAGGGCGAUAGAGAGCCAGCGCUGAAGAAGAACUCGCACAAGAAGAUGAGACCCAGGUUAAAAAACAUCGACCGGAGCAGCGCGCAGCAUCUGGAAGUGACCGUUGGGGACCUGACCGUCAUCAUCACAGACUUUAAGGAGAAGCCCAAGCCUGCCGCGCCCACUCCGCCCCCGGCCUCCUCCACCACCUCCAGUGCAGGCGCCUCGUCCGACCACCUCAGCCAGAACGGCAACAGCUCAGAGAACACCGAGAGGGGCCUGUCGCGCUCCUCCUCGCCCCGCGGAGAAGGCAGCUCCAUCAACGGGGAGUCGCACUGA